AUGUCUGCAUCUGUGAAAGGCUCUAACAGCUCCAAACUCCAGGUGUCUGAGUUCAUCCUGAUGGGACUCCCAGGCAUUCACAGCUGGCAGCACUGGCUCUCCUUGCCAUUGGCAACACUCUACCUCUCAGCAAUUGGUGCUAAUAUCCUCAUCCUUGUCACCAUCUGGCAAGACCUUGCUCUUCAGCAGCCUAUGUACUAUUUCCUAGGCAUCCUCUCUGUGGUGGACAUGGGCCUGGCCACCACCAUCAUGCCCAAGAUCCUGGCCAUCUUCUGGUUUGAUGCCAAGGUCAUCAGCCUUCCUGAGUGUUUUGCUCAGAUUUAUGCCAUUCACUGCUUUGUGGGCAUGGAGUCUGGUAUCUUCCUCUGCAUGGCUUUUGAUAGAUAUGUAGCUAUUUGUCACCCUCUUCGCUACCCAUCAAUUGUCACCAAUGCCUUAAUCUUAAGAGCUACUGUGUUCAUGGUACUAAGAAAUGGCUUGCUUGUCAUUCCAGUGCCAGUGCUAGCAGCCCAGCGUGAUUAUUGCUCCAGGAAUGAGAUUGAGCACUGCCUAUGCUCUAACCUUGGGGUCACCAGCCUGGCUUGUGAUGAUUGGACGCCAAACA